GAGUGUGCCAACCCGCUCACUCUCGUCUCUUUUAAAGCAACACCUCUUUACUGUGCUUCUCUCAUCCGAUACACACAAGAUAACAGCACCGUAAAAGGUAUGCUGUGGCGAGCAGUGGACUUCCCACCCCUCCCUUUCGCUCGACUGUUCAUUGUUGCUUCAAUUGAUUCGCACCAGGAGAAUUGAAGGUUGCGAACUCGCUCACUGCUCUCUAAGGCAAUCAAGCCAUCAAUCCCAAAUUAAAAAACCAUAUAUAUAAGUUUAAAAUGAGAAUCGACAGCACAAGUGAGUAAGUCCGUCUCAGCAAUAUUUCAACUUCCAUUUUUCAUCGCAAAAGCGGUUUUCGCACACCGACUGUGUUGUUCCUGCUCUAUUCACCGCCUCUGUUUUUGGAAGCACGUAACUUACAAAGCAGCUGCCCUCUUCAUUUCUGCGGUUGUUGCGCUUCAAACAUGGGACGCUUCCACUUGUGGCGCCGCUCAAUACGGUCGAGGAACGGCACGAGAGCUGCGUCCUCCACUGCCCGCUCUUCCACUGUCACCACCGCUGUUCUCGCCACCCCGACGACCACCGCACCGCGUCACCUCCCUGCAGCAAUCCCGUGCUACAACUACUACGAGCUCUUCCCCGAAGACGCCGGCCCGCUCGGCCACGUCGUGAUUCAUGACAGCGAGGACAUGCGCGUGUGGCGGCUGGUGGCGACGCCCAUCUCUGCCGCCGACGCCGUAGCGAAAGGCGGUUGUCUGCAGUACGUCGACGACAGCGGUGAGGUGGACCCGCAGUACUACGAGUUUGCGCAGGAUGCGGAAGAGAUUUACGGCAGUGCGUCGUAUCAGAGAAUGCUGGUGCCGCCGCUGCUGCCCGGGUCGCCGGUGACGAGCGACUACGUUGCGGCGAUGCAGUUUCCCACGGCGAAGCACGUGGACGUGGGCACGUCGUACGGCGCUCUGUCCGAUGAAGCGUUGACGGAAGUCCAGACGUGUGCUGUGUGA